AUGGAAGGCCGUGAGUUCUGGUUGAAUGCAGACGAUGAGGUGGCUGACGAAGGGUUAUUUGCACCUCGAUGGUCUAAACUGCCGUCGCUGUUGUAUGCGUUAUCGAUACUUACCACAACUGGUUAUACGUCCUCAACACCAGCAACUCUACUGGGUCAAUGGGUUGCGAUUGGCUAUGGCCUUAUCGGAAUACCACUAAUGGUGUUGGCUGCUGUUGAUAUUGGGCGCUUCCUGUCUGAGGUUGUUCUGAAAACCUAUGGAAAGGUAUUCGUUAUUUUUCAAUUCCAGAACAAAGUAUUCGUUUCACUAAUAAUAAGAUAUGAUAUGAUAUGA